CAGCUACCGUCCUUUUAUAGGGGAGAGUGUUUUGAUGAGCAUCUGCAUCUCGAUGGAAGAUCGACCAGGAUUAGAAGGCAUCUUUGGUUUCCAGCAAAUCAAUCGGCAGAAUAUAGGCGACCGGCAGCUUUGGAUCUGAGGCAACAAAAAAGAAUUGAUGGAAGGGACAAGUUUUUGUGCAAUACAGUAGAGUCAGACGGCUAUUUUUGGGGUGUCGAGCAGAAACUUGUUUCAGCUCAGGAGUUUGACACUUUUAGGAAAACAAUUAAAGUUGAAAGCAAAUACUUCCGGUUUGAUUUGGAUUCAUGUGCUUUGCGUAUCAGUCAAAUAAAGGAAAACUUCUCUUGCUCCAUUUCACUAGCUAUGGAGGCAGUAAAUUGGUUACAUGAAUCUCUUUGUCUAAUUCAAUCUGGAGCAUCUUGGGUUUGCACGAGGUAUGAGCAAUUGAGCAUGAUCGUAAAAUUCAACUUUCUUACUGAAAAAAUCAGUUUGGGGGUUUUAUGCGUUUGGUUGAUUGGGGGAAUGAUAGGAGAAUUACAAUUAUUAUCCCUGAAGGAUGGAAAGGAGAUGGUUUCAGAACUUUUUCUUCAGUUUUACUUGAACAACAAGACAGAUACACUAAGCUUUUAAAAAGGGAAAUGAAGAAGGUGGUUGAGGAUUCAGGGACUCUUUGUUCAGAUUUGGUGGACUCUUUUUCCCAGGAAUCAAAAUAUAUAUCCUCUUUACUCUUUGAUAGGGAUUUAUAUGGCCUUGGAGCAAUUUUAAAUUCUGUUAUGUACUCAAGGGAUUUUGCCUCACAGGAUAUCAUUCAAGAGGGCAUCACUAUGGCAAUUGAGGAGAAAAAUGAAGAGAUAGAUGUUAGUGCAGGAAAUAUUUUGGGUAUUGAUUCAGGUUUGCCUGUGGGACUCAAUGAGACUAAUGAGUAAUCUAGGAAGAUAAAUAUUCAGAUGGAGGAUAUUCAAGAAGUAUCACCUCUUCAUGUAUCUUUUCCUUCAAGUUCGGAUGUGUUGGGAGAGGAAUUAGAAGCAACGCCCGUAAGAAGGCUUCUUAUAGACCGUGAACUGUUGGACUGUAUGGCAGAUCCUACUUACUCUAUUGUGGAUCCCAAGUGGAGUUCAUCGAGUUCUAUAUUGGUUCAUAGAAGGAGUACUCGCCUUAAGGAAAAAAAGUUGACUCCGAAGAAGUAGGGUUCGUUUUUCGAUAUUUGUUGGGCUCCUAGUUGCUUCGUGGGGUUUUUUGUUUGUGAAAAUUGAUCUUUAGGGACAUCUUGUUGGCGGAUCUUCUUUUCGGGCUUCUCUUUUUAUCCGAGGGGCGGUGCUAUAGUGUUGGAUUUUGCUCACUUAUUUUAAAUCAUUUGCUUUCUCCUUUCAUUAGAGCUAGUUGUUUCGUUUGCUUUAGCUUUGGGCUAGUACUCAUUAGUGUGUGUACUCUUCUCCUUUUUAAUAAAGUUUUUCUUUAAAAAAAAAACUAAUAAACAAUAGGGA